AUGAACCCACAGCAACAACAACAGCAACAGCAGAUGAUGCAGCAGCAACAGCAGCAGAAACAACAACAGCAACGACGCUCAUGGGAUUUGUUUGAUCAUAUGGACAAUACACCGCAUAUUAAAAAUCUUAUUCAAAAAAUCAACGAGGGAAAGCAAGCAUUUGAAAUAAAUCAACAGGCAAUGCUUAACACAAAGUUCGACUAUUACGUAAAUGAUAGGCCAACGGCCCUUAAACCUGAACAAAUAAAUAAAAUCGAAAAUCUUUUUGCAAAUGCUUAUAGAAAUUUUAUAAGGGAACAAUUUUUCGCGAAAAACCGUAUCAACAUUGACGAAAAAUGCUUAGAUCUCCUUCUUAAGAAGCUCAGUAAAGAAUUAACUCGAAUUGUUGUUGAAGCUUACAAACUAUGCUGCAUAAGAGCAAUGAAAAUGGUCCAACCACCUCCAGGUGGAGCUGCAUCUCCAAACUAUCCUGUUUCGUGUUCUCCUAACCAUUAUUUCCAUUAUUAUAAUAUAGAACUUAAUCCAAACGGGUUUAUGGAACAAAACUUUAUGAAAAGCAUCAACCAACCUAUUGGUGAUUCUUCAUAUGCGUUUUCAUUAAGAGAAUUCAUUUCUUUAGUUUUAGAAAGAUAUAUUGACCGACAAAAUAAAUUCAAGGACCUCUACAUUCAAGAAGACUCCAUAAAGUAUACGACAAAGGACUUCAUCGAUAUUAAAAAUACAAAUGACAACAAAAUUCGUGAAAAAAGAGGAAGCAACACUCAAAUUAGCACUCCAAAGCAGGAACUCUUACAAUUCAACACAUUCCCAAGGGAAAUCACCGUUAAUGAUAUACAAUGCGUCCUUUCUUUUGAAAGAAGCAACAUUGCAAACAAUGUUAUUAUCCAAAUCUUAUCAACAAGGAAAGAAGGACGACAACAGCAACAACGCGCUCAACACCAACCACCUCAGCAACCUCAGAACCAGAUGCAGAACCAAAAUCAAAUGCAAAAUCAGAUGCAACAAAAUCAAAUGAACCAUAUGCCUCCGCAGAUGCCUAAUCAGAACCAAAUGAUGAACCAGAUGCAUAAUAUGCCUAAUAUGAUGCCAAAUCAGAUGCCAAACCAAAUGUCAAAUCCAAUACCAAACCAAAUGCAAAACCAGAUGCAAAAUCAGAUGAUGAACCAGAUGCCAAACCAAAUGCAGAACCAAAUGUCCAACCAAAUGCAAAAUCAGAUGCAAAUGGGAAGAUCUCCAAUGCAAAUGGGUCAACCAUCAAAUCAAUACGGCCAAUCACCGAACCAGUAUGGGCAGUCUCCAAACCAAUUCGGUCAGCCUCAAAAUCAUUGGGGAAUGUGA